CUUCCAGCGUGUUAUUCUUUUCCUGCACGGCGUCUCGGCGUAUCAUCGCUUUUACCUGUUGUGGUUCUUUGUACAUGAUGUGAAACGCCCUCCCACCUUGCACCAUGGCACCCGCGUCUUUGUCCAGCACUGCUUCUGACACUUCCAUCCCUGCCGCAGAGGACUUGUUCAGCGAUGAAUCCGACUUCCACGGGAGCUUGGAAACCAGGACGACAUACAACAAGCUAGCCGCAUCAUACAAUCCCCAGAAAUAUUGGGCCGUCCAUGAAUGGAACACCCAGGUGGCUGCCGCGAGAGGGAGGAAAGCGAGGCACGAAGCCGCCGCCCGACAGCGCGCGAAGCUUGCACUGCGGAAACAACGGGAGGCCGAACCGGCGCCAGAUGAUGGCCCAGCGCCCCAGCAGCAGACGGAACGGCAGAUCAGGGCGGAUUUGCAGGGAGAUGGAGACAGGGUGAUGAAAGUCGACGCGAAAGUCAGUACCUCCGCAGGCCAUGAAGAACCUGACACCGGGGUCGCCGAUAUCGAACAAGACGAGUCGCGCAAGCCACAGAACUUCUAUGAGGGUCUCCCAUCCGCCAAACAGCUCUCGGAGUCUGUCCCCGACUUCCUCGCCCGCCUGCCUCCUUCGACCACCACUCCUGUCGCCGCUGGGGGCCAACCGUGGAUCUGGAUCGCCAACCCUUACCCUCCCCCUGGCAAACGCUCCCUGGGACAGGCAGGAAACGCGAGUUCCGACCCCGAGUCCGGUGACGGUGAUAGAGCCACGUUCCGCCAACUCGGGACGCGUCUUCUGGAAGGAUAUCUCUCGCGCAAACGUGAAGCCGAGUCUCAGAACCCCGGGAAAGCGGCCGGGGCCAUCACGCGCAUGCUCCGUCCCGAUCGCUUGCAGUUGGAAACGGACAUCAGGGAGUUGGCCACAUCCCAGCGUGUCACGGCAGGGAAGUGGAUGCUCUUCCCGCGUGAGGAGGAAGUCGACUCAGUCUGGGCGGUUGUUGCGCGUGCCGUGUGGGAGGGCAAGUUGGGCACCACGGCCAAGGUGGCGACCGCCAAGGCAGAGGAAGGGAUGAUGGUCGUCGAUGAUCAUGACGGCGGCAGCGGCACGAGAGACAGAGGUCUCAGACUGAUAUGCAUCUACACCCGGGACUUCUCCGACCAAGCAGAUGUCAAGCGCGUGCUGCAGGCUCUGAAGGAUCUCGGCCUGCUCAACCUCGCCGGACCCGGCGGCGCCGGGACGAAUCCUGCGCUCAAGACCAUCUACUACAAAUGCGACGCCUACACGCACCUCGACCUGAGCAGCGGGAACGAGUACAAGUUGCGCGCGAGCAUGUACUCGUCCCGCGACCUGUUUCCGGAGUGGUACCCCGGUGGCGCCAGUGCCGGUACCGGUUCUAGCAGAGGGUACGGAUAUCAGUGACAGGAUAAGAGCAAAGAGAGAGGCGGUGUGCUGAAGAGGAGCCAAAUAACCGUGGCACAAAACAAAAGAGAGCAAAUCGAGUCUCUGCAGUCCAGGAACUUGUCUGGUGUCGAUUCAAGUGAGAUGGAGAUGGAGAUGGAGAUGGAGAUCUGUGUGCGUUGCUUUUCGUGCGAUGGAUCACGGAUGGAUGCGUGGAUGGAUGGACGGAUGGUAUGUUGGUUGCACGGCGUUCGCCGAGGGACAAUAUGUACACACAUCAUCCCUCAAGAUGCCUCGCUACCUACCUAGGAGUCUAUCUGCGGAGGUGGAGAUGGAGAUAAGAGCUGUGUGAUGUACUGGUCAAGAUUGCAGUGUGUUGUUCUUGUUCUUCCGUGUGGCUACCACUACCACUACUACUACCACCGACACGCCGCUGAUGAUGAUGAUGAUGAUGAUGAUGAUGAUGAUGAUGAUGAUGAUGAGAUCGCUCAUGACAAUCGGGACGUGACAAGAUUGUCUGCUGGUCGUUACGCUGUGGCGAUACCGUGUGUAUAGCGAAGCCAUCCAAGCGCACAUGGAGAGAAAUCAAGGAGAAAGAGGCGUCGGGGUG